GAACGCGCCGUUAGGGUCAGGCUCGCCGGCCGGGAGCCAUGAGUUCCUUCCGCCAGCGCGCCGCCGCGUUCCGCUCUCAUUUACUGCUCGCUCGACUCCGCUCGGUGUUGAAGGAAGCGUUGAGACUGUCUGAGACCGCGCUGCCGGCCGACCCCCACCAGCUUGGGGCGCCCCAAGCCAGAGAGACCCCCGCCAGCUCCCCCUGCAAGCGGACUCGACCUGCUAAGGAGGGCAACAUGCGGCUGCGCUUUGUGAGGCUCUCCGAGCACGCCACGACCCCGACCCGGGGGUCGGCGCGCGCCGCAGGCUACGACCUGUACAGUGCUUAUGAUUAUACAAUACCACCUAUGGAGAAAGCCCUUGUGAAGACGGACAUUCAGAUAGCUCUUCCUUCUGGGUGCUAUGGAAGAGUAGCUCCACGUUCUGGCUUGGCUGCAAAACACUUCAUUGAUGUAGGAGCUGGUGUCAUAGACGAAGAUUAUAGGGGAAAUGUUGGUGUUAUCUUGUUCAAUUUUGGCAAAGAGAAGUUUGAAGUGAAAAAGGGUGAUCGAAUUGCUCAGCUCAUUUGUGAGCAGAUUUUUUAUCCAGAAAUUGAAGAAGUUCAAGUCUUGGAUGAUACUGAAAGGGGUUCAGGAGGUUUUGGUUCUACUGGAAAGAAUUAAAAUUUGGGCCAAGAAUAGAAAAUGAAAAGGCAUACUUUUU